AUGGCAACCCCAUGGCCCAAGGAUCAGCCCUGGCCAACGCCAUACCGAGAGCACGCCGCAGAACUAAGCACAUACCUCCAGACAGCACUGAAGUCGAUCGACACAGCAAAUGGUCAACCUAUCCAGCCUCAAGGAGUCAGGGCCGCGUUUAUCGGGGCUCUAGCACUCAUCGUCAAGAUACAGAACAUCCCCGACAUCGGCCACGUUCACCAGGCAAUUGAAAAUUUGCGGAUGGAGACAAAAGCAGCCAAUGAAAACACCACCCGAACCACGAGCAGCAUCAGAAUCGCGAUCCAGCAAAACACAGCCGAAAUCAAGGACAACACUAAUACUAACAAGGACACUAACACAGCCGCCAAGGAGGCACUGAAAGCCAGCGAGCUGACUGUCAAGAUGCCGCCAGAGGAGGACUCAUAG